GCAAUGGCUCAUCUGAAGCACCUUCUUCUUUUUCUGUCAGUUGGCAUCACAGUGAGCACAGGGAUAGAUUUGCACAAGAGAAUCUACGGGGGUCAUAACUGUCCAAAAGGAGAGCAUCUGUAUUAUGUGAAAAUAACUGCAGAAAAUGAAACAGCUGGAAAGCUCUGUGGAGGCUCACUGAUCCAUCCACAGUGGGUUCUGACUGCAGCUCACUGCUGGAUCCCAGGAAUGGAUAUGUAUGCAUUUGUAGGAAUUCAUCCACGUCCACUUUUUGGAAUUAAUCUACCUCAUCAUAGUCACAUGAAAAAGGUGAGAGUCACAUCUGGAGUGUUCUUUCAGGACAACGAUGGACUUCACGACAUCAUGCUUGUAAAACUCCCUACCCCAUCUGAGAUUACACCUGUUGCUUUACCUGACUGCUUACAUCCUCCGCAAAAAGGAGAUGUCAUUAAGGUUGCAGGCCUUGGUGGUUAUAGUGUAGAUGUAAACAACAACAAACUUGCUGAUGAACCAUCUCAUCUGCAGUGUGCAAACAUGCGUGUUGUUGACUGUGGGCGUUUCUUAAUGGCUACAUAUGGUGUAUAUGUGCCAUAUUGGAACAGGAUGUGUCUGCAAGAACCUCAAGUAGAUACAUGUCACGGGGAUUCUGGUGGUGGAGUGAUCUACAACAACAUGAUUUAUGGUGUACUCAGUGGUGGUGGUAAUCAUGCCUGUACUAGACCAGCUAUUUCUGUGAAGGUCUGCUCUUACCUUGAUUGGAUAAAGCUGACAAUUAACGGAAAAUAA